AUGGAGUGCUUGCGGCGCGCGGCGGAGCUGGGGGACGCGGCGGCGCACGACGAGUUGGGGUUCACGUACGCGAGUGGAUGGGACGGCACGCCGCGCGAUGGCGCGAAGAGCGUGCUGCACUAUUACUUCGCCGCGAACGCGGGGAGCGUGCGAGCGAUGAUGGCGCUGGGGUAUCGACACAAGCACGGCAUCGACGUUCCCGAGUCGUGCGAGACGGCGGUGUUGUACUAUCACGAGGCGGCGAAAAUCGUCGUGGAAGAGGCGGCCAAACGCACGCCGGGGGUGCUGCCGUUUCAGAUUGAAAAACACCGUCUCAGCGCGGAGAUGAGCGGGAGUAAUCUCGCGGCGAGGCGCGAGCGGGAUUUGGUGCAGUAUUAUCGUUACAGCGCCGACAUGGGCAACGUGGACGCGCAGGUGACGAUGGGUCGGUUGUACUCGCUCGGCGCCCGCGGGUUGCGCAAAGACGUCGGCGCCGCGCGUAAAUACUUGACGGACGCCGCGAACGCGGGAGACGCGACGGCGAUGGCAAAUUUAGGAAACAUGUACGCCAACGGGUUCGGCGUCGACGUCGACAACGCCACGGCGUUGCACUGGUUUCGCAAGGCGGCGAAGAAAGGCAACGCCAUGGGGCGGUACGGGCUCGGGUACAUGACGCUCGCCGGUCACGGCGUGGCUCAAGAUCACGCGUUGGCGGUGCAGUACCUGAACCAAGCCGCUGAGCAAGGGCUUUCCGACGCGCGAUACUUUCUCGGCGUCUUGCACUUGCGAGGCAUCGGCGUCAAGCAAGAUUUCACAAAGGCGUAUCAUCACUUCAACAUCGCUUCGCACGUCGGGCACGAGGUUGCGACGUAUAAUUUGGCGAUGAUGCAGUUGAACGGCAUGGGGUUUCCGUCGUCGUGCGCGUCCGCGAGCGCGUUACUGAAACAACUCGCCGAACGAGGACACUGGGCGACGCCGAUGGAGCACGCGUACGCGGCGUACAUGCGUCGUGACUACCGCGGCGCGCUCUUGCGUUACAUGAAAAUGGCAGAGAUGGGAAUCGAGAUCGCUCAAGCCAACGCCGCGUUCUUGCUCGAACAAAGACUCGGUGACGAAGGUCGAUUCCGCGAGGACACUCAGGUGAACCCAGAGGCGCCGAGCACGGCGACGCGCGCGCUCCACUACCAUCGACUCGCGGCGACGCAAGGUAACGUCAAGUCGCUUCUUCGCAUCGGUGACGCGUAUUACUGCGGCAAAGGCGCGAACGUCUCGCUCACGAAAUCUAUCGCCGCCUAUCGCCAAGCGAGCGAACAGAGAAAUCCGCACGCGAUGUUCAAUCUCGCGCACAUGCACGAGCACGGCAUCGGCAUGCAAAAAGACUUGCACCUCGCCAAGCGUUACUACGACAUGAUCCUCAACAACGCCCCAGACGCCACCAUCAUCGUGCACCUGGCCCUCAAAAAGCUCGUGCUCCAUCAGUGGAUCAUCGACAACAAGGACACCAUCUUGCGCGUCGCCAAAGAAAUCCACGCGAGUCCGACGGCGCAAUUCGUCGACUUCGUCGUCGUCGUCGGCGCCGCGGCGUUGCUUUGUUUCGUCCUUCUCCUUCGCGUCGGACUCGCUCGCGGGUGA